CUUGUUCGUCCAAAAAACGAAACGGAUUAAGACGGAGUCCAUCUCGAUCGGGCUAGCUCCACGUAGGCCGGCCGCGCGAAGACGCCAAGAACGUACGCGCGCGCGCCAGCUACUUCCCGCUACGCUAAUUAACCUAGCUAGCUAAGCUUCGGUGCUGCUUCGCGCGCUCCAUGAAAGAAGCUGCUCCUCGUCAUCCUCCCGCCUCCCUCGUACUUUCCCCCCGCGCGAACCCUUCAAAGUUAAAACCAUGCGGCGCCGGUAUAAACCGCCAGGCGACGCGACCGGCUCGCUUUACCACGCACGCGGCGGCCUCCUCCAGUGAUUAUUGAGCGUGCGCGAUAUGUCGUCGUUGCGGUUCUUGCCCAAGAACGGCGGCGGUGGCGGCGGAGAUGGGUGCUGUGGCGGCGUCGCGCUGGAGGUGACUGUUCUGUCGGCGGACUCGCUGCGCCUGCCGCCGUCGUACUCGCCGCUGCCACGCCGGCUACGGCCGUACGUCACCGUGUCGUCCGAUGCGCCCGCCUCGGCCUGCAGCACGGCGGUGGCCGCGGGGUCGUCCUCCGGCGCCGGCGGCGAGCACUCGUGGGGCGACACGCUCGUGGUCCCCGUGGGCGCGGAGUUCCUUGAGGGCCGCGCCGACGUCCACGUGGCCGUGCUCUCGGAGGCCAGCUGCCGGCUCGUCGGCGCCACGCCGCUGGGCUGGUGCGGCAUCCCCGCGGCCGACGUGCUCGACGGCCUCCGCGCGCCGUCCGCGCUCCGCCGGCUCAGCUACUCGCUCCGGUGCCCGCGGCGAGACGGUGCCUCCACGUGGGGCCACGCCGUCGUGCACCUCGCCGUGCGCGUGUUCGGCCUUGGCGACGACGCGCGGCUCGCGCCCGCUCCAGCGCCGGUGCAGCAGGGGUGGUGCCGCGUGGCGAUGGGCAUCCCGGUAUCCGGGGCGUCGGCCGCGGCCGCCGUCGUCGGGACGCCGUGGUCAUGGGGCGCGACGUCGCGGUGAGGCCGAGGCCGAGGCAGAGGCAGAUGAGGAGACGACGACUAACCGUGGAAAAACGGUGCAAGCUGUGUUAUCGAUCAGCUCGCUCGUUUCGACCAGGUCGCGGGCGACGAGAAAUACGGCGGCUGGAAAAGCCAGCUAGUGCGUUAGUCAAACGGGGUAAGCUUCCAUGCAGCUACGUCGGACCUGGAUACGACUGAAGCUGACGUGUGGGGUUGAGCCGGUGUACAUGUAGCUUAGGAAGGUUCGUGUGGAAUAGUAAUUGUAAAUGGCUGCUACUUGAUUGCAAGGAUUUCAAUAUCGCUUUACAAUUUUUU